AUAUUAUUUUCCUCGGCCGGUCCAUUAAGCAAACUUACGCCUCCCCCAAUCUCUUCCCAAGUGCGGCAGUUUCCGGCGUCUUUCCCAUCGGUGCCUCUUUCGCCGGCGAAAAAAACAAGUUACAGGUUCCCGUCUUCAUUUCUCUUGCUCUAUCAUUCCAUAUCUUUCAAUUUUCUCGCAAUUCAAAAUACAGCAUAUCUAGAAUUCAUUUUCUUAUGAGAAAAUUAUGUUUCUUCCAUCAAUUUCUCGCCUAUUCGCCGAUACUAAAUCACUCAAUAAACCAAUUUUUUCACUCAAAUUGGUACAUUUACUCAGCACUUCUUCAUCAUCAGCUGGAGAAUUCUUAAGUCAUUUGCUGAAAAAUAAAAAUGUGUCGGGUAUGGAGAGAACAUUGAGCUCAGUUAGGUCUAAGCUAGAUGCUCGAUGUGUUGAUGAAAUAUUAGAGAAGUGCGCUGUUGAUGAUCCCCAAAUGUGUCUGAGAUUCUUCAUUUGGGCUGGUCUUCAAUCCAGCUAUAGACAUAGUAGUUACAUGUACAGUAGAGCUUAUAAACUGCUUGGAGUGGAUAAUAAACCGCAAAUUAUCCGAGAUGCCAUUGAGGCUUAUAGGCUGCAGAAAUAUGUCACAAGUGCUAAGAUGUUUAAAGUUGUGUUGAAUUUGUGUAGAGAGGGAAAAGAUGCUACCUUGGGAUUGUGGGUGUUGAGGAAAAUGAAAGAGUCUAAUUGUCGCCCGGAUACGAUUAUGUAUAAUGUAGUUAUUCGAUUAUUAUGUGAGAAGGGAGAUAUGGAUGAGGCAAUGGGUUUGAUGAGAGAAAUGGACCUGAUUGAUGUUCAUCCUGAUAUGAUCACCUAUGUCGUGAUGAUUAAGGGGUUGUCUGAGGUGGGUAGGUUGGAAGAAGCUUGUGGAUUAACAAAAGCUAUGAGGGGACAUGGAUGUAUACCAAAUACGGUUACCUAUUCAGCUCUUCUUGAUGGGAUUUGUAGGUUUGGGAGUUUGGAAAGGGCACUUGAGUUAUUGAGAGAAAUGGAAAAAGACGGUGGGCAGUGUAAGCCUAACGUCGUUACAUAUACUACUGUGGUUCAAAAUUUUGUUGAGAAAUGUCUGGCGAUUGAGGCACUAAGUAUUUUGGACCAAAUGAGGGAUUUUGCGUGUAAACCUAAUAGGGUACUUAUCUCUACUUUGAUUCAUGGUCUUUGCAAAGAGGGGCAUGUGGAGGAGGCUCAUAAGGUCAUUGACAGAGUAGCUAAAAGUGGUAUUUCAUAUGAUUCUUGCUAUAGCUCUUUAGUUUUAUCGUUAUUUCGGAUUGGAAAAGUCGAGCAGGCAGAAAUGUUUUUUAGGAGAAUGUUGACUGGUGGCCUAAAGCCUGAUAGCUUCACCUCAAGCACAAUAAUACGAUGGCUUUGUCAGCAAAAUCGGAUACUUGAUGGAUAUUGCUUGAUUGAGCAGUCUGCAAGUGUAUCUUCUAUAGAUUCUGAUAUUUAUUCUAUUCUUAUGGCUGGACUAUGUGAGGCAAAUCACCUUGUGGAAGCUGCUAAGCUUGCUCAUCUGAUGGUAGAGAAAAGAAUUCAGCUCAAAGGUCCUUGUGUUAAGAAUGUAAUUGAAUGUCUUAGACGUUGUGGGAAAGAGGAUUUAGCUUCAAGCAUUGGUAACGUUAAGAGCUGAUGAAUAUUAUGAUUGCAUUAAUAUGUUGAUCCUACUUGUGCACCAAACAGUCCCCUCGUCAGUUAUGUGGAAUAUUCCACAUAAUUGAAUUCUUCUUCAGUUUUGUGCAAUCAAAUAAAUGUUGGUGUUAUGUGCACAAAACUUGUUCAUCCUUCGUAUUCAGUUAGUUGUUGAGGCUACGCAUGAGCGGGUUUAGUGCUUGUUCUUCUCUUAUAUUCCCCUAUAUUAGCCCCCACGCUGCUCAAUUUCUUCCUUUGGUGCUUUCUAUCGAGCCGUAUAUACAGAGUUAAACUUUUCCCAACUAUUCAUUUUACUGGCACUUUGAACUCUGUGCUUCGGAAGUGGAAGUCUAAAAAGCUUACGAAAAACCAAUGAUCUUUCACCAGAAUCACUCUGUGUUGCUGCAGGGGAAUGAAUGUCAAGAGGAAGAGUUGUUGAAUCUGAUAAAGAAAGAAGGAAAAGAGGGAAAUGGGAUAUCAAUAAUUAAGGGAAAAAUAUCUCUCUGUGUACACUGUAUUCGUUUAUCCCAUGUUACUGCUUGAACAAUCAGUAGUUGACUCUUAUGUAAUAUGAGUUCUGGGUAAGUAUUGUCUCUCACUUAGAAAAUUUGAUGACAUUCAAGCAUGAAUGUUCUCAUUUGCAAUAAUCAGAUGUGCUGCUGGCUAUUACC